AUGAUCCCCGUCAAGGCGCCGGAGUGGAGUCUGAUCCUGAACCCCUGGUCGCCGAUGGCGCGCGGUGUGUUGGCUCGGCCAUGGAACUCCCGGUCGGCCGGUCGUGCGGGAAUCGACGGACGAGGCGCUGAAGAAGCUCGUGGUCCGAAGCCGCGAGACCGAGGCCGACCAGGUGAUCGUCAACCGCUUCGAGAAGAUAUGGCUCAGGUGGUCUUUGCUUGGUCGGUGAGUCAUCUUAACGAGAAUCCAAUCCUAGGCUUGAGCAGCAAGAAGCGGAUUGAUGAGGUCGCGAUCAGGUUCCAGGUGAAGUUGACGGAUGGCCAGAUAAGGUAUCUGGAGGAGCUGUAUAUUUCGAAGUUGAUGAAUGCGCUAGAGCGGUAG